AUGAACGCCUCGGCCGGGAGCCAGCCCGUCAUGCUCACCACCGUCGCCGCGUCGUCUUUCAGCCUGAAACGCCCACGGGAGGUGCCCCCGAUUCUCUGGGAUGAAAUCCUCCGCCUCCGGGGACUGCGCAACCAGCUUAAGGAAAGUAUCAAAAACACCCGAAAAGUGAUCAUCUCACACAUUCGUCAGCUCAAUUUAGUACAGGAAAUGAAUAUGGUCGCAAACCACGCUUUGCAAGGGUCUUCGCCUUCGGACUUUGCGAAACCAGCAAGCGGGCGGGCUGUUGACGUUGGAAGUAAGAAAAGGAAAUGA